AUGCAGCUGCCUGCUCAACUAUGGGGACGAUACAAGGAAACAGAAACAGCGACAGUCAAGUGGGAAUCGACGAGACAAGCAGCCCGGAUCGGCGGUGCAUUUAUCCUCAUAUCCCUCGCGCUCCUCAUAUCCCUACCUCACCUCCCCCCCCUCUCCCUCUCCCUCUCCCUCUUCUCCCCCCAAACCCAAGUACACCCACCACACCACCAAACCCCCUCAGCACCCCCCUCCCCCCACACCGCCAGCCCCAAACUCGCCCUCCUAAUCGAAACCCGGCCGCUCCCGCACCUCGCGCCCCUCCUGCUGCACUUUAUCGGCGUGACCCCCCCCACCUGGCGCUUCCACGUCCUCGGCUCCGACGCCUCCCUCUCCUCCUUGAAAAAAUCAGCGAGCGUCCGCGCACACGUCGCGAGCGGGAAGCUGUCGCUCGGACAUGUGCCGGCGGGCGUGGACGUGGGGACGCAGGAGGGGGUGAGUCGGCUGUUGACGGAGCGGCGGGCGUAUGAAGUUGGUGGUGGUGGGAGGGGGGGGGGGAGGGGAGGCCUGCUCCCCGGCCCCACGCCGGCCGAGCACCUCCUCGUCUUCCAGCCCGACAGCAUGCUCUGCGCGCGCAGCGCGCGCAGCGUGGACGACUACCUCGGGCACGACUGGGUCGGGGCGCCGUGGCGAGCGCACGAUAGCCAGAGCGGGGAGCGCUUCUUCGGCGGCAACGGCGGCCUGAGCCUCCGCCGCGUGCGCGCCGUCCUCGAGGUCCUGCGCAGCGAGGCGCGGGCGCCCGGCAGCGAAGCCGAGGACGUGUGGUUUGCCGAGCGGCUGGCGCGGCGGCCGGGCGCGCGCACCGCGAGCGGGACGGUCGCGCUGUCGUUUAGUGGGGAGGAGCAUGCUGGGGAGCCUGACGGGUCCAACCACGCUACUUCGCGUCGUGGGUUUUACGAGCCGAUGGGCUACCACACCGGCGGCUCCGGCACAACGCUGCACCCAGCGAUCUGGGGCACGCCCUCGCUGCGGAAGCACAUCUGGGAGUACUGUCCCGAGAUCAAGCUAAUCCUCGCCAUGGACGCCGCCGAGUACGUUCCGGGGGAGUGUCGUUCGACGUGGCGGAAGAGAGGGCACGAAGGCCACGAACAAGAGGAAGCGGGUAAAGAAGGAGAAGUGGAAGUGGAAGAAAAAGACCAUAGUGGAGUCGGGCACGGGCACGGUACGGAGAUCAUCGAUGGCGUGGAGUAUCCGCUGCUGCCGGCGAAUCUGGCGCCUUGGUGA